GAAAAUUUGCUUUUUGCUUCUCCUCGAGCUCUCGUUGUACCUCCUCAAAUAGAAUUUUAUUUUGUUUUAAUUUUCGGGAAUAUUUCUCUACCUAAUCUCAGAGAUAUAAUAUUCUACAAUUUAUCUUUUGUAUUUUCGUUAUAUUUUGUGUAGUUUCAUUUUCGUUCUCAUCAAGAUAAUUUGGUCACAAAUAAAAUUUUGUCAAGAAGGCGGGCGCGUAAGCGAUAGUGUUUUCAAGUGUAUUAUUAAUUUUUUUUUGUCUACUACUACAGCCUUUUCUAAUCUUUUUUUUUGCCGAUAAUGUUAGCCGUACCAAAUGAAUCGAAGGUCAGGGGACACCAACGAGCUCCAUCUGACUCCAAGGAAUUCCACGAGGUCACAAAGCGUGAUGCACUUCGACUAUUGGAGAGUGAAUUGGACAAUUUAUUGCAAACAACAACCGACCCGGAGAGAAAAAAAUUCCUUCAAAAUGAAAUGAACCGAUUUGCUAAUUUGUUUGGCAGAUUCUUGCAAGAAGAUGGUCCAUCAAUCGAUUGGAAUGAAAUUCAAAAGCUACCUAGUGAUGCUGUUAUGGAAUACUCCACCUUGAGUGCUCCACAAAAUGAACAACAGAUCCGUGAUAUGUUGAACAAAUUGAUUGUGAUCAAGCUCAACGGUGGUCUCGGUACUUCUAUGGGUUGCCACGGGCCAAAAAGUGUUAUUUCUGUUCGUUCUGAUCUAACGUUCCUUGAUUUGACUGUGCAGCAAAUUGAACACCUCAAUAAAAAAUACGAUGCCAAUGUGCCUCUAGUUCUUAUGAAUUCCUUCAACACAGAUCAAGACACCGAGAAGAUUGUUCGCAAAUACCAAGGUUUCCGUGUACAAAUUUACACUUUUAAUCAAAGUUGUUUCCCACGUAUUAGUCGUGAAUCUUUCCUGCCUGUUGCUAAAGAUUUCACAAUAGAAAAUGACAUUGAAGCCUGGUAUCCACCUGGUCACGGUGAUUUCUAUGAAUCCUUCCAGAACUCCGGUCUGCUUAGCAAAUUCAUUAAAGAGGGUCGAGAAUAUUGUUUCUUGUCCAAUAUUGAUAAUUUGGGAGCAACUGUUGAUUUGAAUAUUCUAAGCAAAUUAUUGGGCGAGGAUACACCACAACAUCCAAUGGAAUUUGUUAUGGAAGUAACAAAUAAGACACGAGCUGAUGUUAAGGGUGGUACUCUUAUCCAAUAUGAGAAUAAAUUAAGACUUCUGGAAAUCGCUCAGGUGCCAAAUGAGCAUGUAGAUGACUUCAAAUCAGUAAAGACAUUUAAGUUCUUCAAUACAAACAACAUUUGGGCCAGUCUUAAAGCUAUCGACCGUGUGUUGCGUGACAGAACUCUAAACAUGGAAAUCAUUGUGAAUAAUAAAUCUUUAGAAAAAGGCCUACGUGUGGUCCAACUAGAAACAGCCGUCGGUGCUGCCAUGAAGUGCUUUGAUGGAUCUGUUGGUGUUAAUGUGCCACGUUCCCGUUUCUUGCCGGUCAAGAAAACCUCCGAUUUGUUGUUAGUCAUGUCCAAUUUGUACAGUUUGAAACAUGGCAGUCUGGUUAUGUCUCCACAAAGAAUGUUCCCAACAACACCUUUGAUCAAAUUGGGAGAUAAUCAUUUCGCUAAAGUGAAAGAGUUCCUUAGCCGAUUUGCCAAUAUCCCCGAUAUCAUUGAAUUAGAUCACUUGACUGUGUCGGGAGAUGUGACAUUCGGAAGAGGAGUCUCAUUGAGAGGAACUGUUAUUAUCAUCGCCAAUCAUGGAGAUCGUAUUGAUAUCCCAGCUGGAGCUAUACUCGAUAACAAGAUCGUAUCGGGUAAUAUGCGCAUUUUGGAUCAUUAAAUCUAAACAACGAAGAAAAGCGAUUAAAUCAAUCUACAACAAAAUACAUCACACAUCAUUUAUUUUAGUUCCAACUUGUGAUGUUCUGUGAAACUAAAAUCACAUGGCUAAAAUUUUAUAUUUAUAUAAUAUUUAGAAACAAAAAACUAAAACGAUCAAAAACUCUUUUAAUGCCCAUCAAACGGGCAGCUUACGAUCUAAUCGCUCAAAGUUUCCUACUUAAAAUCGAUUUUUUAAUGCGUAAUUUUAAUUAAACUAGUAUGUAGUCUUCAAAAUGAUUGUAUAUUCGUGUGUUUGAUUUUUUUUUUUAAUAAUUUAGUUUAAUGUAAUUUUUUUUUUUAUUUUAUUAUGUUGUAUUUCGAAACUUGGGAGUUGCAAUGGCAAAGAUAUUUGUAUUUAAAAAAAAAAACAAAACAAAAUUAUAAUUUUUUCAAAAAAGAAAAUUUUAUUUUUUAGAAAAUUAAGUGUUAAAAUUUUAAAAAGAAAGUUGUGCAAAUAAAAAUGAUUAUAUUUGUUAGUUAAAA